AUGGAGUCCAUGAUGAGUCAACUAAUUGUUAGGGAUCAAAAUACCCAAAAGAAACUUAGUGAACAUGAUCUUAUGCUUAAGAAUCACCAAGCUGCGGUCCAAGACCUUUCUAGGGUUGUAAGUGAUAUGUCUAGGAAGUUAGAUGAAAGAUUACCCGGUCAGUUUGCAGCCAACACCCAGCCUAACCCGAACGCUCAUGUAAAAGCCAUUACCACUCGUAGUGGCAGAACCGUAGGGAACCCGAGCAUAGAAGAGAGAGAGGUCGAUGAGGAUGGAGACCUUAUAGAUGAAGUGAUAGAGAUGGAGGCUCCCGGCAAAGUGCAAAAGAGGCUAAGCCCAGCAAGUACCGCACAGCCCGGUGAGUCUCAAAGUGAGAAGAAAGUUGAGAAAAAGCCCAUAGACGUUAGGCCUUCACCCUAUGUGAAUCAUGCGUAUGUUCCGUUUCCCUCACGUCUUAAGAAUCAAAAAUACUCGAGGGAAUACGGGCAGUUCUUAGAUAUCUUCAAGCAAUUGAAGAUUAAUCUUCCGUUUAUAGAGGCACUCCAGUCCAUGCCAAAAUAUGCAAAAUUCUUGAAGGACCUUCUUAAGAACAAAGAGAAAUUAGGUGAGUUGUCUAAUGUCCCAUUGCAUGGAGGGUGUUCGGCCAUCGUUUCAAAUAAGUUACCCGAAAAGCUUACCGAUCCCGGUGUGUUCACUAUUCCUUGUUUAUUCGGUAGUCACACGAACACUAGAGCCUUAGCCGACCUAGGUGCUAGCAUUAAUUUGAUGCCCUUUUCUCUCUAUGAGAAGCUAGACUUAGGCGAGCUUUCACCUACUCGAAUGACACUAUCCUUAGCUGAUAGGUCCGUGAAACACCCGAGGGGCAUAGUUGAGAAUUUGCUUGUUAAGGUUGACAAGUUCGUUUUUCCGGCCGAUUUCGUCAUUCUUGACAUGGAAGCCGAUGAAAACGUACCGUUAAUUUUAGGACGCCCGUUCUUGAACACCGCUAAAGCUCUCAUAGAUGUCUUUUUAGGCACCAUCACACUUAGAGCGGGCGAGGAAUCAGUAGUUUUUGAGGUUAUGAGUUCGAAAGGGCAUAGUGAUAGAGUGCAUUUGAUUUCGUCAGUGGGGGAGUGUGAGAAUGACGAGAGAGAUGAGAAGAAGGAUGUGAGUGAUGCGAGUUUAGAGAAAGUGACAGAAUUUAAGUGUGGGGACCCACCGGAUAGAAAGUUAGAGGAAUUGGAUGAGAGAGUGGAGCGUUUAGAAUCUAGGAUUGCGACACUGAGCAAACCUCAAUGUGGGGAUAGAUUUCAAUACGGGGAAUGGAGAUUCAAAACGCUAGAUGAAGAAUUGAGAGGUUUUGAAAGAGAUAAGGGUUUUCGGGUUGAUUUGGGCGAUACAUAUAGAGGUGCUACAGCCCGCGAGAGUAUGUUUGGAGGUGAGCUGUAUCUCCAUGAUCCUCCUUAA